AUGGCAGCCCGCAACACGCUCCGUCGAGCUCUUCUCUACAUCCCCGGCUCCUCGCAGCGCUUUAUCGACAAAUCCCGCACGCUAACCGCCGACUGUGUCGCCUAUGACCUCGAAGACAGCGUCACUCCGCACAUGAAAGCGGAAGCCCGCUCACUAGUGCGGAGAGCUCUGGACCAGCCCGCGCCAGAGGGCAUCCGCGAGCGCGCCGUGCGCAUCAACUCUGUGGACAGUGGACUAGCCCUGGGCGAUCUCACCGAAGUACUCCAAUCCCCCAACCUCACCACAAUUGUCAUCCCGAAAGUCAACUCGCCCUCCGACCUAACCUUCGUCACCGACGUAAUCAACCACACCCUCUCGCAGCAACCGCAACAACCGCAACAUGCCCAACGACCCCCCAUCUCCCUUCUUGCCCUGAUUGAAUCUGCCAAAUCCCUCACCAACCUAACCCAGAUCUGCGCCUCUACCCCGCUCCUUCAGGGCCUGAUCUUCGCGGCCGAGGACUUUGCAUUGGACCUCAGCCUCACACGUACCCCUUCGCUCACGGAGUUCUUGUUUGCGCGGUCCAUGAUCGCCACUGCGGCGCGCGCGGCCGAACUCCCCUCGACGAUCGAUCUGGUGUGCACCGCCUAUAAGUCGACCAGGGGAGACGGAUCACCUCCCGCGGCGUUGGAGGAGGAGUGUCGUGACGGGCGUCGAUUGGGUUUCAACGGAAAGCAGUGUAUCCAUCCGUCGCAGGUGGAGACCGCGCAGCGGAUCUUUGGGCCGGAUCCGGAGGAGGUCCAGUGGGCGAUGCGGGUGUGUAUCGCUGACGAAAAGGCCGCGAAGGCCGGACGCGGGGCGUGGACCCUGGAUGGGAAGAUGAUUGAUGUACCGGUGGCGGAGAAGGCAAGGGGUGUGGUUAAGAGAGCUGAAGCGUGCGGCUUCAACGUGCGAGAGCUUAAGGAGAAGUGGAAGGGCCAGGAGCCGGAGUAAAUAGCUCGACCCAUUCGGAAAGGAACAGGAUAUCUUCUGUUGGCGUCAUG